AUGAAGAAGUAUGCAGAUCAAAACCGCCGCUUCCUCGAGUUCAAUGCGGGAGACCUGGUGAUGGUGAAGGUCUCAGAUCCGAGAUUCUCAAAGUCAUCAAGGGGGAGAGAUCCUCGAUUGAUGCAGAAGUAUGUUGGCCCUUUAUCUGUCAUUAGGCGUAUUGGAACGGUGGCCUACAAGGUGGAGUUGCCUUCCUGGUGGAAAAUCCACAACGUCUUCCAUGUGAGCCAAUUAAAGAAAUAUUCAGCAGACAAGGAUGAGGACACCCGCAAUCAACCGAGUUGCCGGGAGCUUGAAUUGACGAAGACUAAGGAGAAGGUGGCUGAAGCAAUCCUGAAUCACCGAGUGACGAUUACGCAAAGCCCAACCACACGGAAUCACGCUGUCAUGAAGGCUACACUUGCCCAACGCCUUAGAGCCAGGGAAGAAAGGGCUGGUGAACAAGUCACUCCCAGUGAACCAGAAGACACAUCAGCCACCCCUACCCUCGAGAUUCCAAGCGAUACGGUUCCCAUUGAGGGUCGUGAGUGA